GGUAAGUGAAGUCAGAAAGACAGCAAGGCUUAUUUUCAACAUUUGUCCGUUUAAAAUGCGAAAUUCCUUUUGAAUGUAUUCAACAACCAACAAAGGACUUUGAUAUAGACGAAGGACGUCGAAAUUGGUCAGAGUCGGAAUUAAAUGUGUGCCUUUUUGUGUGUUUUGCAGGUAUGAAUUUGCUUUGCCGAAGACUGAACCGUCGAGGACUUCGAACAACUCUACUCAAAAUUCAUAUUUUUUUCUUCAAGUAAUGGACAUUUGAUUACUAUUUUUGUCUCCAGUUUGUUCCCGAAGGAAAGGCUAGCUUUUAGCUAUCACAGCCCCACCCAUAAGAAGUAUUUCAGUUAUUAAAACCAUGAAGGUUGACGAUAUAAAAUUGAUGAAAUAAGAGAUAUAAGUGCCUGAAAAGCACACUCUAAUACACCAGAGACGCCGAGGAUCUAUAGUUUCAAUAAUAUGGCAGGGGGACCAGUGGACCCCAGAGAGAUUCUGAAGGGUGUGGAGCCUCUGCUGGGGAAGGAUGGAGAGCUCCGCAGCCUAGAGGGAGUCCCAAAGGUGUUUAGCCUGAUGAAAGCGUCUACCAAGAUGGUCAGUAGAUGUAUGUACCUGAGCAUCCUACUGCAGACCAAAUCCCAUGAUAUUCUAAACAGGUUUAUCCGAGUCGGUGGCUACAGGAUGCUCAACUCGUGGCUCACUUACUCCAAAGGCACCAACAACACGCCGCUGCUGCAGCUCAUCCUGCUCACGCUACAGAAGCUGCCCCUCAAGGUGGACCACCUCAAACAGAACAAUACAGCCAAGCUGGUGAAGCAGCUCAGCAAGAGUGGAGACACCGAAGAGCUGAGGAAGUUGGCGUCUGUGCUGGUAGAAGGCUGGAUGGCUACGAUCCGCUCCCAGAGUGUCUCGAGCAAUGUCAACUCUCCUGCUGAAAAGAAGAAGAAGAAAGAGGAGGGCAAGGUGCCGGUGCCUGGUGUGAAGGAAAAAAGUGGUGAUGAGGAGAAGAAGAAGGAGAAACCUAAAGCUCAUGCACCCAGCCACACAAAGAUCCGCUCCAUAGGAUUGGAGAUGGACCCCCCCAGCCUGGCCCCUGCUAAGAAGCCGCCUGUUGCCCUCCAGCUGGGUGACAAGUACAACAUCAAGCCUCCAGUCCUCAAAAGGCCCAGCGCUGGUCCAUCAGAUGCUCCACCUCUGGAGAAAAAAUACAAGCCUCUCAACAUGCCCUCUAACUCUGCCAAAGAGAUCAAAGUCAAGAUCAUUCCAGCACAGCCGAUGGAGUGCACAGGCUUCCUAGAUGCUCUGAACUCUGCCCCCGUGCCCGGCAUCAAGAUCAAGAAGAAGAAGGCUGGUGCUGUUAGUCCGGCCACCAAGGCUGUCUCCCCCACGUCUAACAAGGCGAGUCCAUUUGACAGCAAACCCUCUGUGUAUUCUUCAUCUUCUGCUAAGCCAUCGUCUCCAGAAAGUUCUGCCUCCAUCCCUCCAGGUGAUGAGAGCCAGGAGCCGGAGCAGCCCGGGACCCCCGUCCCCUCUGAGGACACGGAGCUCUGUGACAACGGUGAGAAGCCCAACGCUCUGGCAGAACCCCGGGGAGAAGAAGAGAGCUUGACCAAGAAGGGCAAGAAGAAGAAGACGGUCCACUGGGCCGAGGAGGAGCAGCUCAAACACUACUUCUACUUUGAUCUGGACGAGACCGAGAGAGUCAACGUCAACAAGAUUAAGGACUUUGGUGAGGCGGCCAAGCGAGAGCUGAUGAUGGACAGGCAGAUGUUUGAGACGGCCCGUCGGACCUCCCAUGACACCAUGGAAGAGAGGGUCCCCUGGACCCCCCCGAGGCCCCUGACGCUGACCGGCAGCCUGGUCAUCACCGGGGCCAACAGCACCGAGAAGCUGACCCAGAGAGACCGCGAGAUGGGCAUCCUGCAGGAGAUCUUCCUCAGCAAAGAGAGUGUGCCUGACAGUCCACAUGAACCAGACCCAGAGCCGUAUGAACCCAUGCCUCCCCGUCUCAUCCCUCUGGAUGAGGACUCGUCCAUGCAGGAUGACGGCUACUUGGAGCCCAUGGACACGAGCUCCCAGCAGGGCUCCGCCCUGGCUCCAGGCGAGAGCUCCAAGCUGCCCCCUGUCCUGGCCAACCUCAUGGGCAACCUGAGCGGCAACUCACGCAGCCCCGUGGCCCCCAACGCUGCCAGCAGCCCCGUUGCCCCCACUGUCAACGUGCAGGAACUGCUCUCCUCCAUCAUGGGUGCGUCUGGGAACCAGUCGACUGAAGACUUGAUCAAGCAGCCCAACUUCUCAGACAAGAUCAAGCAGCUCCUGGGCUCCCUGCAGCAGACCCAGAACCAGAACCAGGGUGGACCUCCCCCAGUCAACCCGGGUUUGCUGGGCCACGGACCGGGCAUGAACAACAUGAACAACAUGAACAACAUGAACAACAUGAACAUGCACAUGCAGAUGCCCAUGAACGGCGGCUACCCCCCCAACAACCCGCCCGGCGGCCCUCGCUUCAACCACCCUCCGCCCCCCCACAACCAUGGCCCACCCUUCAACCCUGGCGGAGGCCCGCGCAUGAUGGGGCCGCCCCCUGGCCAGGGCCGGGGGGACAACGGCAACUACUGGGGAGAUGAGUCCAUGAGGGGGGGGCCUCACAGAGGGGGCCACUUCCACCGAGGAGGACGGGGCCGAGGAGGAGGAGAGCCGGGCUUCAGGGGCCGAGGACGAGGGGGGCCCAGAGGAGGACACAACAACAUGAACGACAUGUCCAAGAGGCCCGUGUGUCGUCACUUCAUGAUGAAGGGAAGCUGUAGGUAUGAGAGCAACUGUGCUUUCUACCACCCCGGUGUCAACGGACCCCCCCUGCCCCCCAACCACCCUGCUCACAACCACCUCCCCCAGCAUGGACACUAGCUGCCGGCCUGUGGGCCCCCUGGAGGACCGGACCCUGCACUCUCUCAGUGAAGCAGGACACAGGAGACGUUCACUGAUGGGACUGUCUGUUUUUACUGAGAUAAUUUUUAACAGUGAGACUGAAACAAGCCACCACACUUGACCACUAUGUCUGCCUGUCUGCUCCGUCACUCUCCACACCGUUACCGUGGUGACCAAAUGGAAGUGUCCUACUCAGCAGAAAACCGACUGAAUUCCCUUCCUACUGUGGCUGUUGUACUGUGGACCUACAUGUCCUAUUGCUUUCAUAUUCCCUUAGUUUGGUACUUCAGGUGCCAGCUCUGUACAUAAGAGUCCGAAACGUGACACAAACAUUGAGGAAGCACUUUAUUAUGAAAAAGGCCAACAGAAUUUAGCCACAGCUAUGAUUUAUUAAAACUGGACCUGAAAAAGAACUGCACAGUAUUUAAACUGCUUUGUUUCACCCAUAAGUUUAGCAGUGAGCCGCGCUGACCCGCUAAGGUUCUUCCAACAGCUGGGGUUAAUGAGAGGAGAUGAUGCAGAAGUGUGUGUGUGUGUGUGUGUGUGUGUGUGUGUGUGUGUGUGUGUGUGUGUGUGUGUGUGUGUGUGUGUG